AUGAUGAAAAUGGGCGAUUCCGAACACCGUAAACCUACAUAUCCCGGCACCGGACCUCUAUCUCGACGGCGAUCAUGGUGCUGCUCUUUCGCCGUUCCUCCAGGGAGUCCUGAUGCUCGUUCAAUUUCAUCUCGUAACCACAUUCCAGCUAAGAUGCAUCAUCAGCGUCAGAGGACCAAACCGAACAAUGUUGAUAAACCGGGCCCCAAAUCGGUUCCUUGCUCACCGCAGAGCUCCAAAUCGGCUUUAAUAGGUCGAAUCGACCCGCGUCGGAUCUUAUCUCCGGGUCGGGUUUCUCCCAUCGAUUCCGAUCCCAUCAUCAACACAUUGCAAGAGACCAAUCACGAAGAUGAUGAUGAUGUCGCUGCAGCUGAUUCGGUACCGAAUCUGCAUUCAGAGAGCUUCCGAGCACCGAAAAUCGUGGCAAAUUCGGGUUCGUGCUCGGUUCCGGUGAGUGGAAUUGAGUGUUACGACGCUAGGUUGAGUCUGAAAGGGAGAAAUGGUGGGGUUUUGGUGCUGGAGCUGAGCUCGGAGGUUUUAGCUGCGAAUUCGGAUGUUUUCUCGGCUAUGAUUGAAGAAAAGUCUUCAUCUUUGGGGUUUAAGAAGACAUGCAGGAUUGAAGUUUCUGAUGUGGAGAAUCUCGGGGUUUUUAGGGAAACUGUAGAACUCAUGUUCGAGGAGAGUAAUGGCAUUGUCAAGAAGUUCAUGAAAAUGGGUGUUUACAGAGCCAUUGAUGUACUCGAGGUAGCGGCUGGGAUCAAAUUUUCGAGAGCUGUCUUGUCCUGUCUGAAAUAUCUUGAAGCUGUUCCUUGGACAGAGGACGAGGAGGAAAAACUGAGGAGAGUUCUUGCAAUUUAUAGCUUUGAUAAUGCUUCAACCAGCGAAAUAUUGGCAAGAUUUGAUUCAGACGAGACAGAGAGCUCACAAGACAGCUUAUCGAAGAAGCUGGUUUGGUCAAUAACAUCAUGCAGUGAUGUAAAUCCUAGAAACGAGCUAAGAUCAUUGGUGAAAGGUCUUCUUUGCAAGAGUUCAGUGUACGAGAAAGAACAGCCUGAGAUCAAUAAGGAAGACAUAUACAGAGCAGGCAAGUGCUGUGUGGAUUCACUAGCUAAGCUGUUUGAAGAAGGCAACGAGAAAGGAAAGUCAUUGAUAGAAUGUAUAUCGAGGGAAGUGGAGAACAUAAUCUGGCUGCUGGAAAUCAUGAUAGAUCGGGAAAUAGCGGAGGAGUUUGUGGAGAUAUGGGGAAAGCAAAGAAAGUUAGUGGAAAUGCACGAGAAGGCGUCACCAAUGGUGAGGUAUGAAUUAAGCAGAGUAACAGGUGUAAUGUUCAUAGCAAUGGGGAAAAGGAAAGUGCAAUGCGGAGGAGAAGCAAGAGCGGGGCUAGUAGAAGCGUGGUUUAGGCCAAUGUUGGUAGAUUUCGGGUGGCUACAAAGAUGCAAGAAAGGACUUGACAUGAGAGAAGUAGAGGAAGGUAUGGGACAAACGCUGUUAACACUGCCGUUAAAGCAGCAGUAUCAAGUGUUCAUGGAAUGGUUUAAGUGGUUCUCCAAGCAUGGGAGUGAAUGUCCUAAUCUCAGCAAGGCGUUUCAGAUUUGGUGGCGUAGGUCGUUUCUUAGAGGUGUAGAAUCUUCCACUUGUAGGUGA